AUGAUGUCCAUGAACAGCAAGCAGGCGUUCAGCAUGCACCCCAUCCUGCACGAGCCCAAGUACCCGCACCUGCACAGCAGCUCCGAAGCCAUCCGCAGAGCCUGCCUGCCCGCCCCCCAGAUCCAGGGGAACAUCUUUGCGGGCUUUGACGAGACCCUGCUGCGGGGAGCCGAGGCUCUGGCCGCCGUGGAUAUCGUGUCGCAGAAAACUCACCCCUUCAAGCCGGACGCCACCUACCACACCAUGAGCAGCGUGUCCUGCACUCCUACCUCGUCCUCCGUGCACCUGCACCACCCGGCCGUGCUCAGCACGCACCACCCGCACCACCACCACCACCAGCCCUCGCAGGGCUUGGAGGGCGAGCUGCUGGAGCACCUGAACUCGGCGCUGCCGCUCCCGGGGGUGCCCGAGGUGGGCUCCACGCCCUCGCACCCGCACUCGCACAUGCCGCCCAUCGGCCACAUGGGCCACCACCCCCCCCAGCCCCCCAUGUCCCACCCCCACGGCCUCGCUUCCCACGCCGUCAUCUCCGGCCCCGAGACCGAGACGGACCCGCGGGAGCUCGAGUCCUUCGCCGAGCGCUUCAAGCAGCGCAGGAUCAAGCUGGGGGUCACCCAGGCCGACGUGGGCUCGGCGCUGGCCAACCUGAAGAUCCCCGGCGUGGGCUGCCUGAGCCAGAGCACCAUCUGCAGGUUCGAGUCGCUCACCUUGUCCCACAAUAACAUGGUGGCCCUCAAGCCCAUCCUGGAAGCGUGGCUGGAGGAGGCGGAGAGGGCGCAGAGGGAGAAAAUGACCAAACCCGAGAUCUACACGGGGGGGGACAAGAAGCGCAAGCGCACGUCCAUCGCCGCCCCCGAGAAGCGCUCGCUCGAGGCUUAUUUCGCCGUCCAGCCCCGGCCCUCCUCCGAGAAAAUCGCCGCCAUCGCCGAGAAGUUAGACUUGAAGAAGAACGUGGUGCGGGUCUGGUUUUGCAAUCAGAGACAGAAGCAGAAAAGGAUGAAAUUUUCUGCCACCUACUGA